ACUGUGUGCAUUAGGCGGGGGAUACAACAUGGCUGGGUUGAGGACCAUCGAUAGAUGAUGAUGAGCGACCGUGCACGCACUGUGUAUGGGGGUGUUGCCCCACCUCUUCACCAGACACGCCCGCUUCCCUUCCAGCUGAGUUCACUCGUGUUCGGUUACCCGAGACCUUCAGAAGUGUUUCCUUUGGGAAGGAGAGACCACCGCUCACUCCAGGAGCAGCGAACGGACAGGAGCAACGAACGGAUCUAUGGCCUAGCGUCUCCUCACACGCUCCUUUCAUCAGAGAACUGAGAGGUUUCUGAAGACAAUAACGCAACAAUAGGUUAGAGGAAGAAAAUAACUUGAUUGGUUGAUGCUUGUUUCCCUUCUCUAAAAUGUUGGCUCUUUUUUGAAGUUACGUUUACUGAUUUCUGGGAGCACCCCCCCACCCCACCCCACCCCAGCCCAUCGCGUUCACCUGAUGGUCCUGGAGGACUUUUCUUCUUCACAAGAGUUGUUGACGCACAGCCCACUAACCCCUGGACGUUGACAGCGCCCUUUCCAGACCCUCAUCGCGUUCAUAGUUCUCUCUCUCUCUCGUUUCUGAGUGAAAACUACAAAAAUAAGUGAGAAACACCGCGCCACUUGCGCACCGAACAUCUCUCUUUAGUCUGCGUGAUCAAAAGCCACGGAGAAGGAAUAAAAAGGAAGCGAGAGGCACAUAUUGCGACGGGAGGAGGAAACGUGUGUUUUGAUGUUUGGGAUCCAGGAGAACAUCCAGAGGAGCGGGAGUGUUAUGAAAGAAGAGCCCUUGUUGACCGGGAUGAACGCCGUGCGGAGCUGGAUGCAUGGCGCCGGGCUGCUGGACGCAAACACAGCCGCCCAGAGCGGAGUGGCUCUAGCCCGGGCACAUUUCGAGAAACAACCGCCCUCCAACCUUCGCAAGUCCAACUUCUUCCACUUCGUGCUGGCUCUGUACGACAGACAAGGCCAGCCGGUGGAGAUAGAGAGAACCAGCUUCGUUGGAUUUGUUGAAAAGGAAAAAGAAACGUCAGGGGAAAAGACCAACAAUGGGAUACAGUACAGGCUACUGCUCCUAUACAGCAAUGGUAUCAGGACAGAACAGGACUUUUACGUGCGCCUCAUUGAUUCCAUGACCAAACAGGCGAUCACCUAUGAGGGACAGGAUAAGAACCCUGAAAUGUGUCGGGUUUUAAUGACUCAUGAGAUCAUGUGCAGUCGGUGUUGUGAUAAGAAAAGUUGUGGCAACAGAAACGAGACACCCUCUGACCCCGUCAUCAUUGACAGGUUCUUCCUCAAGUUCUUCCUGAAGUGCAACCAGAACUGUCUGAAGAACGCAGGGAACCCACGAGACAUGAGGCGCUUUCAGGUGGUCGUGUCUACCACGGUGAGUGUGGACGGUCAUGUCCUCUCUGUCUCUGACAACAUCUUUGUCCACAACAACUCUAAACACGGUCGCCGGGCCAGGAGAUUAGACCCCUCAGAAGGAACACCCUCGUACCUGGAGCAUGCCACCCCCUGUAUCAAGGCGAUCAGCCCCAGUGAGGGCUGGACAACAGGCGGGGCCACAGUCAUUAUCAUAGGAGAAAACUUCUUUGAUGGACUCCAGGUCACAUUUGGUACCAUGCUAGUCUGGAGUGAGCUGAUCACAGCCCACGCCAUCCGGGUGCAGACUCCCCCCAGACACAUCCCCGGGGUCGUAGAGGUCACGCUGUCAUACAAGUCUAAACAGUUCUGCAAGGGCACACCUGGAUGCUACAUAUACACAGCGUUGAAUGAGCCCACAAUAGAUUACGGCUUCCAGAGGUUACAGAAAGUCAUCCCCAGACAUCCAGGAGACCAGGAGAGACUGCCUAAGGAAGUCAUUCUAAAGAGAGCGGCAGACUUGGUAGAAGCGCUCUACGGGAUGCCACACAAUAACCAGGAGAUGAUUUUGAAGCGGGCAGCUGACAUGGCAGAGGUGUUGUAUACGACGGUGCCACGCGGCCACAACCAGCUGUUAGGCAGCGGCUCCGUCCACGCCAGCAUAAUGGCCGUCAACUCCUUCCCCGGGUCAGAGGUCACACAGACAGCCAAUCAGGGUUACAGUAGGAGUAGCAGCAGUGCAUCUCCUCAUGGUUAUGUCCCCAGCACCACUCCACAGCAGACCAGCUACAGCUCUGUUUCCACUAGCAUGAACGGCUACACUGACUCUGGCAUGACCACGCUAGGAACCUCACCCAACUUCCUCAACGGGUCAGCCGCCAACUCACCCUACGCUAUCGUUCCCUCCAGUCCCAUCAUGGCCUCCACCACCAAUCUUCCCUCUAAUUGCAGUAGUUCUUCAGGCAUCUUCUCCUUCUCUCCGGCCAACAUGGUCUCUGCUGCGGUCAAACAGAAGAGCGCCUUCGCCCCCGUCGUACGGCCGCAGACCUCCCCUCCACUCACCUGCACCAGCACUAUUGCUAACGGACUGCAAGUAGAUCAGUCUUUUGUGGACUCCCCCUCCAGCUCUCUUCAGGGUCUGGCCUUCUCCUGAAUGAUUCCCGGGAUGAUGGAUCCAUCCAUGUAGAUCUGUGAACGUUGAGGAUUUGGGAAUGUUGACAGGGAGAGAACAUGUCUGACGUGUCCCUGUGUCCCUGUGUCCCUGUGUCACACUCCAACCCUCUGGACCUGAACAGAACACUGAACUCAAAAUGGUUCAACUCAGGCCUUUCUAGAAGGAAUCUCAUUGGAAGGAAGAGGAGGAAGGAAACAACAAACAUAACAUUUGUUGAUGUCAUUUCCUUCCUGGUGAAUGUGUGAACCUUCUCAGACACACCUUGGAGUCGAAUAAUAUGGUUAUUUAAAUUGAAUUUAAUCGAACUGAAUUUAAUCGAACUGCAUUGAAUCAAACUGAAUUUAAUCGAACUGAAUUGAAUCGAACUGAAUUGAAUCAAACUGAAUUGAAUGUCAUUUAAUUGACGAAGGACUGGAAGAUGUCUCAUGACCGUGUCCACAUCACAAUUGAGUGACAAUAUUACUGACCUCAUGACAAAAGCAUUUAUUUGUAUGCGUAUUUAUUGGUAUAAUGUUUAAGUUAUAUUGUUUAAGAUCUGUUGUAUGCCUUCCUACAGACUGUGACACAUACAAACAGCACUGCAGCUGAUUGGCUAUAAGGGUUUGUGUAAGUAGAUAGCUCUGACAUGACUGGAUAGGAGUUAACAUGGGUUGUAACUAAGCUGUCUUGUAUCAGUUUACAUUUAGUAACUGUAAACAAACACUGUAUAGCCUCGAAAACACAGUUCAAAUGAUAAUGGCCAUAUCAAUGAUGCAUCCAUAGCCAUGUGUAGGAAUUUGAGAGUGGUUACAUUUCCCCAUCUCUCAGCUUUUAACUGAAACAGUGGUGGGGACCAUACUAGGUUGUUGUUUCAACUGGAUUGUCCUUUAAAAAGGACUCAAACACACUGAGCUGAAAGAUAACUUCUACAAUUUUGACAAAGAUUUUUGCUGCUAACUUAUCACAGAAAUAUAAUCAGAGAUGGGCAAUUCCCUUUUAAUUUCAAUCAGAAAACACGUUUGAUGAAAUAUCAGAUUAGAAUGACAAUUGAUGUAACAUAUUUGUGUCUAUAAAUAUAAAAAGGAUGGGUUUAUUAUUUGAUUUAUUUGACUUUGUUUUACCAAAGUUAUACUUCUAAAUAUAAUAUAAACAAUAAUAUGUCUUAAGGCAGCUCUCGACACAGAUGGUCAUUUCACUGUCAAGCUCUCAUCAUCUAUACUUUGCAAAAAUGAGAAUCACGGAUUUGGAUACAAAACAGGGAUUUCUGUAUAAAGUUCUCAUUGAAAUAAUGUAUUUCUCUUUUGGAUGUGUACAUUUUGCAUUACUUCUUGACCUAAAUUCUAGCUUGUUCUGUGUUAGUUUAUAAGUGUCACAGAGUUAUGUUUUGCCACCCACUAUGUAAAUGUGAUCUCACAGGUUUUAUUUUGUAUCUGUAUUGGUGCUGUAUUGUCUAGACAUGUUUCCAUUUGUUAUUUCCCAUCCCAAAAUGUUAUCUAUUCUUUAUUUUAUAGGUUAAUAAAAGUAGAGUUUUUCCUGA